AUGACCCAAUCCAGACCUCCAGCUCCGACGGCGGCGCCUCCACCAUCGCAACCAUGGACCGAACUGCCUGAUGAUUUGACGGCGAAUAUCCUGAAAAGGUUGGAUGAUGAAGAGAUUGUCGAAUGUGCGCAGCUAGUUUGUAGCUCAUGGCGGAGAAUCUGCAAAAAUCCCUCCAUGUGGCUCCUCAUUGAUUUGGAUUUUCGCCGCCAUGAGCUCCGUAAAUUUGCUAACUUUCACUUUAACCGUGAAGUUGAAAAUUUUAAGAACAUUUGCCAUUGCGCACUGGAUCGUAGCCAGGGAAAAUUCGUCGACCUAAAGAUUGCUGCUUAUAGAGUGGAUGUGUUGCUAAACUACAUAGCCGAUCGAUCAAGUCAUCUUCAACGUCUUGAAUUCAUAGAGUAUAAUUUUCCAACUUCUCGUGAUUUGAUUCUGGCAAUAAGAAAAUUUGCACAAUUGGAAGAGUUGCACAUUACUAAGACACCGCCACUGCUUGAUCUCGUAGAUUUUGAAUGCAUUGGCAUCUCUAGUCCCGCGUUAAAAUCAUUUACAUACGACAACCGCUGCUUUAGCUUUACAGAUUUUUCAGAACAUGCUGUAGCAAUUGGAAAAACAAUGCCUAAUUUGCAUCAUCUCCGACUUUGCUAUCAGUGGAUGGGAAAUAAUGCGCUUGAAGCGAUUCUCGAUGGCUGCCCCUGCCUCGAAUCACUUGAGCUUGAGCAAUGUCCCGGUCUUGAUCUACAAGGUUCUCUUGGCAAAAGAUGUUCUGAUCAAAUAAAAGAUCUCAAGUUCAAUCCUUUUAAUUGGGAUGAUGACAGUGACUCCUCAGAUUUGGAGCAUGAAACCUUCUAUCAUGGUGAUUAUGAUAUUUAUUAA